UGCUUCUUUCACGGCGCUGACGUUGUCCAAUGAUGGACUUUGAGUGAGGCCUAGGUAUUUGCUUCUCUUGGCCAUUGUGUGGAAAUUUUUCCGUCUAGAAAUGCAGAGUGAACCAUCCUAUCUGCACUAGUGCCCUCCAUCAGAUCACACGGCUGCCACUAUGUAUAGCGACUGGGUGUCGCUCAGUAUCGCCGUGCAUGACCGCGAGUCAGAGACACGGAGCGUGCUGAGCCGCCUGCCGCCGGCUGCCGGCCAGACUGUGGUGGCAGCUGUGGUGCGUGGCCUGGCGGGCACGCUUGGCAUCACGGCCGCGCCCCAGCCCAGCCCGCUGGCUGCAGCCAAUGAGGUCGAUUGGUGCAUGGAGGUGAUAUGCUACGGCCUGAGCCUGCCUCUGUCGGAACACGACACCAUCCGAGACUGCGUCAACGUGUACUGCGAGUGGCUGACAGCGCUCCUGCCCACGUCCAAGCUGUGUGUGCCCGAGGCGGUGCGCGAGCGGCCCAACCUCUACUCGCGCCGCAUGCUCAACCACCUGCAGAACCUGUUCGUGCCACGCAGCGACCAGUCGGUCGACACCAUCAACCGGCAGGCGGUGCUCUGUCACCGGGUGCUGCGCACCGUGCAGACGCUGACGCACGAGUCGGAGCGGCUCGAGCCGGACACCUGGUCCACUCUGCUGCUGUUCCUGCUCACCGUCAACGACUCGCUGCUCGCGCCGCCCACCGUCAAGGACGACAUCGGUGACCAGAUGUACGAGCGGGUUCUGGGUGUGCUGUUCGAGGUGUGGAUCCAGGCAUGCUGCAAGUGCUUCCCACCGCCGCCGCUCUGGAAAACGUUCAGGGAGAGCUGCUUGCACUGGCGCCACCGUCCGGGCCUGGUGGACCAGUGGAGCUGCGUGAUGACGGCGCUGACUGCCCGCCUGUUGGAGUCGAUGUACGGCCCGGGCUUCCCGACGCUGGCCGUCCCGGAGGAGGAUGCGGUGCCGGCGGCCAUGUCGGCAGAGGCCGUGGCGCAGACCUGGUACCGCAUACUGCAUACGAUUGGCAACCCGGUGGAGAUGAGCAGCGCGGCGUCGGUGAGCAGCACACAGCAGUUCCUGCAGUACGCCAUCAGCAGCGAGGCGGUGAUCGAGCCGCACCAGCACCCGUGCCUGGCGCAGCUGCCGGCCAUCUACCACCGGGCCGUGCGUGCCGUCGCCCUGCUCGUCAACGCCUUCCUCGGUGUGACGGAGCCGGCGGCUGAGCCGGCCGCCCGCAAGGACAGCUCUGGUGCCGCGCCGACGGCGGCCGCUGCCGCUGCCGCCGCCGCUGCCGCGUCGCCGCUCAGACUACCUGAGCAGGCAUUGCAGCUGGCUCCUGGUCGACCCAAGUGCAACAGCAUCCUCCACCUGUUCGGCGCCUGGCUGUUCGAGGCUGCCCUGGUCGGCACCAGCGUUCUCAGCUCGGCCAAACGCACCCAGGGUCAGAGCAAGCGCGCCAGCGCGGCGUACCUGGACUCGCGCAAGUCGUCGACCAGCUCGCAGACGCCGGAGCCGUCCGAGCUGCCCGCUGCCGUGACGGCCGACAAAUUCGAGCGCGGCCGUGCCGAGGCGCUGGGCGCCCUGUGCCGCGUGUUCUGCGCCAAGAAGACGGCCGAGGACAUCCUGCCGUCGUAUCUGGCCAGCUUCUACCUGGUGCUGCACGAGGCGCUGUCCGACCGCGAGACGUCAGAGGUGAGUCAGAACCUGGCGGCGAUCCUGCUGAACUCCUCCAGCCUGCUGCAACUGGACCUGGACGGCGUCAACUGUCUGCUACCUGCACUCACCGACGCUGUGCACCACGUCAUCGCCUCGCCUCGCCCCAUCACGGUCAGGGACAGCGACGUGCCGGGCUCGGCGCUGCGGCGGGCCUCUGUCCGUCUACUGGUCUCCAUGCUGGCGCUGCCCCUCCACUUCCAGGGACUGACGAUCCGCGAGCCGGUGAGCGGCGACCGGCCGGCCGUCAGUUUCCUGCAGCUGCGGCCGCGCCUGGUCGGCCUCCUCAUCAGUGGCCUGCAGCAGGAGACGGACACAGCCAACUGCCAGAUGAUGCUCGGCGGGCUGCUCAUGUGCGUACAGGACAGCGCGCUGUACGAGGAGUCCAGCCAGAUGAUGCCGGACCCCAUGUCACCUGGCCAGGCUGCCUCCUCAGCGGCGCCCGACAGCCUGAGCGCCUGCAGUGACGCCAGUUUCCCAGAGGACUCAUCCGAGGAGCCGCCGGCUAUUGACUCGGCGCGCGGCUUGUACGUGCGCGCCAUCUACCUGGUCUGCCACCGACUCAUGUCCUCGUGGAAGGCCGAUCUCAACAUAUCGCUGGCGGCGCUCGAGCUGCUGGCCGGCCUGGCGCGCGUGCGACUCCAGCAGCAGGCUCGGAGAAGACCCGACGCGAUGGAGUGCAAGCGUGCGGUGAAGUGGCUCUGCGACUACAUCUGCCACCAGUGCUCGCGCCCGCCGCCGGCGCACUCCAAGGACCUGCACUCGACGAUCGUGGCCGCGUUCCGGUGCGUGUCCGUGUGGCUGCUGGAGCACCCGUACCUGCUGGAUGACCGGGAGACGCUCUCCACACUGCUGGAGGUGGUCGAGCUAGGCAUAUCGGGCUCCAAGUCCCAGGCUAAGUACGGGGAGCCGCCGGUGAUGAAGCAGGAGAAGCAGCUGAAGCCGGCUUCCAUGCGGGUGAAGGAGGCGGCUGAGGCGCUGCUCUACGUCCUCAUGGAGCAGGUGGACUAUUUCCCGUCGCCGAGCGGUGUGUCGUCGCUGUCGACGCACCUGACCGAGGCGUCGCUGCUGCAGCACUGUCACCCGGGCGCCGCGCCCGCCCAGAGGCGCGCAGGGCUCGCACAGUUCAAGUACUUUGUGGCCGAGAGCCUGCUUAUCGCCCUGCUCGAGCAGCCGCUCGGCAACGACGAGGACCCGCAGCCGACGGUGACCUGCCUGAUGCGUGGCCCGUCGCUGCGCACCGCCUGGAUGCUGCAGCUGCGCCACCUGCCGCGCCACAAGUCCGGCGCCCGUCUCGCCUCGUCAGCCAACCCGGGCCGGCCGCUGCCCAUGUCGGAGGCGGCCGCGCGCCACCCGCACACGCCCGCCUUCUUCCCUGAGACGGUGGACCGCAUCCCGGUGUGCAAGGCGGACCGGUCCAUCCCGAGCCUGGAGUCGCUGAUACAGGACCAGAAGUCAGCGUCGGAGCACAACCGCAUGCUGCACCUGAUGGAGCAGCAGACGAGCCGGGAGGGUCUGGCGCGUCGCUCGGCGGCCGUGCGCACGGCCAGCGGCCUGAACCUGGACACGGAGUGUGUGCCGCCGCCACCCAGCCAGGAGUUCCAGACGGCCCGGCUCUUCCUCAGCCACUUCCAGUUCCUGGACGACUGUGCCGUGGGCGCCGCCCGCCAGCAGCUGCAGCCGUCCUGGCGGGCGGGCCGCCAGCUGGUGGCGCUAGACGCUCUGGCCGAGGGGUUCGCCGCCGACCUGGACGCCCUGGAUGCCACCACGUUCCGCACAUGCGACACCGUGCACGUGUACUACGUGCGCGACGGACAGACAGAUGCCGCCAGCGUGCUUACCAACGGGGCGUCGCUGGGCGCGCUGGACGGUCCGUUCACCGAGUUCCUGCUGUCUCUGGGCUGGCCAGUGGACGUGACGGUGCACCCGGGCUGGACGGGCCGGCCCCAGACCUCGUUCAACACGGCCCAGCACCGGCCAGCGUCGCCGCCAGCGGUGCCGCCGGCCGCCGGCCCGCUGGCGUUUGACGGCGCGCGAUGGGCGCUCUACUGGGCUGACGCGCUCAGCGAGGUAGCGUUCGUGGUGCCGAGCCCGGCGCUGCCGGCCGACCGGGCCGGCGCGGCGGCGGAGGCGCGCCGACGCGGCGGGCCCGACCCGCCCGUGCUCGUCGUCUGGCUGGAGAGCUACGACGACCAUCUGUCGUUCCCGGAAACAGCGCGAUCAAUGUGGUCCACAAGCCAGUCGGCUGUCUCCGCCUGGCGCCGCGCCUUACGCGCCACUCCAGUGCCGGCGGACAGGUGUCCGGCGGGGCGGCCAGCGCCGGACACCGGCCACUUCACCAGCCGACUGACCCCGGCCUGUGUCCUGGCGCCGGCAGCGGAGCUGGAGCCCCCGCCGCCUCCGCUGGCCGCCGGCCAGGAGAGGGCGGCCGCCGACACCGCCGCCUACAUCAUCUUCAUCCACGCCCUCCAGAACCGACUCUACCGCAUCCACCUGCAGGGGCCGGCCGGAAAGAUGACAUUUGCGUCGCCCCUGGUGGAAGGCAUGGUCGUCAGCAGGCGAUCUCUGGGCCAUCUGGUGAGGCAAACCGUCAUCAACGUCUGCAUCCGCCGCCGCCUGGAGAACGAGAACAGCCACCCGCCGCACGUGCGCCGCAAGCAAAAGAUCCAGGAGAUGCUGCUCAAGUACCAGCGGAACAUGUCGCCGCCCGAGUUCUACACGCAGCUGUUCUCGGUCGACUGUUCUCAGUGCUGACGUCACGUGUCCUGAUGACGUCACGGCAAUGCCUUGAGUUGGAACCGCGUAAGCGCAGGAUCACACCCACGUUAGAGCAAGCAGUAUAGAUUACGUGACUUGUUGAGAAAAGCUUUCCACGCCUUCACCACUUACAUGUUGAAUUCGCGAGCGGCAGCUUGUAAAGCUUGCUUGCUAUGGGGUCUGGAUCGCCCCCGAUUGGACCGGGCGUCUGUGUUGCUGCUUUGAAUGCCGGCGGCGUCCACGCCCCGAUCCGGCCAAUGGGUGUGCGGAUGGCUAGCGUCAGAUCGCUGACAUUCGGUAGGGUAGGCCUGCUGACUUUCGGUAGGGCAGACCUCUCGUGCUGACAUUCGGUAGGGUAGGCCUCUCGUUCAAAUAGCGCUGUUAUUUGUUUUGUAUCGGUUGCUGGUGAACCACCGUCCUUUACGCGGUUAUGUAUACAGUUAUCGGCGAUUCCAAAGCCAAGAGGCUUAGAAGCCAAGAAAGCCAAGGAGGCUUUGGUGCGUGCCGUGAAGUCUCUGAACACCUGAGGUGUGUGGGUGGCGCGGACCGCUGUGUUGUUGCUAGUUACCAAAGCGCUGGCGCUCUUCAACGCCUCGAUAUAUUGUGGCACGUUUGGAAAUGGAAAACUGUGGGCGAAAGCAUUUCGCGCAUACGACAGAGGGACGCUUGUCCUGUUUUGAUGUU